AUGACAAAGGGUCACAAGCUGGAGGAAAUGAGAGAGUGGGAUGAGUAUGAACAACAGACAGCAAAAAGCAGGAGCAGGGAAAUGAGUAACGGGCGAAGAGAGAGAAAUAUGGGAUGGGACAAUGUCCGAAGAAGGAGGGAAACACACAAUCUCUAUUUGCACAAUGAAGAUGAAGAACACUGCGACGUGAGAAAACCAAAUUCAUCUGACUCCGUGAGAAGAGACAGAUCUCACCUCAAGCAUGAGAGGAGAGAACAUAAAGACGGCUCAUAUCGACUCGCAUCGAAACUCACGAAGGAGGCCGUCCCGGAGAGAAACCCCAGACAGCGAGGAAAGCGCCUGGAGCUCAGUCUGGAGGAGGAUCCCGUGAUCCCGUGUGACGUGUGCCAUCGGUGCUUCGCACGAGACCGUCUGGAGACGCACAUGAGGGUGUGUGAGAAAAAGCGGCCCCAGCGCAAGAUAUUCGACAUGUCACAGUACAGAGCCAAAGGAACAGACCUCGAGGAGUUCAUGAAAACCAACAGCAGGAGCAAAACACCAGAACUCAAGAAGAAUAAUUGGCGACAGAAACACGAGGCCUUCAUUCAGACCAUGCGUCAGGGUCAAGGAAGUGUGCCACCACAGUUAGUCUUGAACCUGAACCCAGAAUAUGUUAGCUGCCCUCACUGUGGCCGCAGAUUUGCCCCAGGUCCGGCAGAGAGACACAUCCCAAAGUGCCAGAACAUCAAGAGCAGACCACCACCUCCCAAACAGCUGCACAGCGCCACCAGGAGGAAGACCACGCAGUGACAUGUGCUUCAGCAACUCUCUGUUAGCAGACUCCUGCUGUUAGCGCGUUUGCAUUGA